UUUGGAACACAGUGAAAAGAUUAAGAACAUAUACUAGGUAUAACAUGAAGCUCUCAAUUGCCGUGGGAUUACUACUGGCAGCAGUGUGCACUAAUGCCACCUUUAUAGGAAUAAGUGGAUGGGGCGGCGGAUUUGGAGGACCCGGAUGGGGAGCAGGAGGAAUAAGUUGGGGCGUAGGUGGUGGAUAUCGAUGGGGUAUAGGAGCUCCAUGGAUUGGAUUUGGUAAAGGAGGAGUAUUUCCCGGAGGAUUCGGUGGCAGAUUUUUAGGAGGAUUUGGAGGUGGACGUGGAGGGGGAUUUCGCGGCCGAUUUAUAGGAGGGUUUGGCGGUGGACGAGGAGGGAGAUUUGGUGGAGGACGAAGAUUAGUCGUUGGCAAAAAAUACUUCUAAAUUAAAUAUUUUGUUAACACAAAUCCAUGUAUUAUAGCGCACAUUUAUAUAUCUUGCAAUAGUAAAUCACAACCUUGAAAAUA